CUGAUUAAAAGGUUUAUAGAAACAAACACGAACGUUUUCUAUUUGACACGAAAUUCGACCCAACCUAACCCAUUCUCUCUUCUCUUUGCUCUUUCUUUAGCGGCGUUUAACAUUCGGUUGCCUGAUCACGCUGUCAGCACCCGUGAAACGGAGCACGCAGGGCACGCCGAAUUUGGAGAAAGUUGGGAGUUGUGACCAAAUGAGAACAAUACUGUUGGUCCCGUUUCUUCAUAGUUGAGAUUGACAUGGAUUACUGACAUGGUGAUAUCUGUGUUGUUACGAUUUUGGUUGUCAUAAAACAAUGGAGUCUCACGAUGAAACAGGAUGCCAGGCUCCAGAAAGGCCAAUUCUUUGCAUCAACAAUUGUGGCUUCUUUGGAAGGGCUGCCACCAUGAAUAUGUGCUCCAAAUGUUACAAAGACAUGCUGUUGAAGCAGGAACAAGACAAGCUUGCAGCAGCGUCGGUUGAGAACAUUGUGAAUGGCGGUUCUGGCUGCAGCGGGAAGCAGGCUGUGACUGUAGGUUCUGUGGAUGUUGAAGUUGGAAAUGUGGAGAUGAAGACAGUCUCUGCUGAGAUUUCUGGAGAUUCAUCCUCUGCUCAGAAUUUGGAGAUGAAAGCUAAGACAGGUCCAAGCAGAUGCGCCACUUGCCGGAAGCGUGUUGGAUUAACCGGUUUCAGCUGCAAAUGUGGGAACCUCUUUUGUGCAAUGCAUCGCUAUUCUGACAAACACGAUUGCCCCUUUGAUUAUCAGAGUGUUGGUCGUGAGGCUAUAGCAAAAGCCAACCCUGCAAUUAAGGCUGAUAAGCUUGAUAAAAUCUAGGGAUGCACUAGACUGGUUGAAAUAUGAAGUUGGAUGUCUCACUUUUCCUCAGCAAAUUCACAUUUUUGCUGUCUGGCUUUUGAAGUGUCCUUUUAGUGUCUAUACUGAUCCAUGCCAUGAUACUGCUUCAUGUCAUGAUAGCUAGCACAUGUUUGGGGGAAAACCCACAUUCCUUGUUGGUUGAUUGGUGAGCAUUCACUUGUUAGCUACAGUAUGAGUAUUUAUGCUGGUUUGAUGGACAUCUUUGGCUCAUUUGUAAUUUGAUUUUCUGGUUGGUCUGCAUUUUUUUUUUCUUUUUCUUGCAUCAAUGGUGUUUACUCUUGUAUGUGCUUUUACUUUAAACAUUAUCUAUUUUUAAUAAAUCAAUGGCGUUGAUGGGAA